ACGUGUACAUCGUAUACGAGGGCGUGAGAGCAGACGAGGUAAGGGUUGCAGAGUAUCACUUUUGUGCUCAGCCGAAGGCGAAGAGACUUAGAUGUGUUUCAGGCGAAUGCGCUGAACACAGAGCGUUUGUUUUUUCUUCCUCUCCUUCACAAACGCAAGACACGGGUCGUUUAAUUGCGAAGGGACCUGAAAGUGGGGGAGAAUAAGUGUUUGCACCUCUCUCUCGCGGAGGAGGAUGUCUCCAGUGAAGUCGCUACCCCACGGGCUCCUAUUAGGAUUAGUCUUUGUGUGCUUAAUUGUCCAUGGACCCGUGAAUGGAGAGUCGGCGGAGAAGGACUUUGAAUUUGAGGACGCACAGGUUGUGGUUCAGAAACGGUCAGUAGAAAACACUUUAAAGGAUGAUGAGGAUUUUUUAAAAGACGAGGGGUCAGGAGAUGAGGAGGGCAGCGGAACAGUGACAGUGAUCAACCCCCCAGCCACAACACCAGAGUUUUACCGAUGUACAAUCAACAUCACUAGCCUGCAGUACCAAGAUGAGCUGGGCGAUACCUCAUCAGUGGCAUUCAGGGAACUGUCUGGCAAAGUGGCCUCAGCCAUACAGCUUCAGUUUGAUGGGGUCCCAGGACAGCAAACCGUGGUGGUUUUACAGUUCAGCCCGGGGUCAUUGAUGGUGACCUUUGAUUUGGGAUCUGAAGGAUUCAAUGACCGCUCAGCUCUGUUUGAUACACUGAACAAUGCACUACAGACUGGAGUUAUUUCCCCUUUUACUGUUAGUCCUGUCGGAUUUGAAUUCAGACCCUUAAAAGAUGGCAGCAUUUGUCCGGAAUACGUUGGGAGAGAUCCGGAGUCUCUGCCCCGGAUCGGAGACAACAGAGCCAACUUCCUGAUCAAUAACAUCUUCCCGUGCCGUGGCUAUGUCAUCGCCUGGCAGUAUUACCGAAUCAUUCCACGAUACUCAGGCUAUGUGGGCAUAUGGAGGCAGACGGAUGACUACAAAUUCUCACUCAUCGGGAAAACGGAGUUACCGGCAAUAAACACGGUGGGGAACAUCACCGUGACGCUCCCCACCCCUCUCUUGGCCGAGGCAGGGGAUUUCAUUGGUGUGUUCUACUCCAGGGACGCUGAGGAGGGUGUGGUGGCUAGUGCUACAGACGAGACCCCGGGAAUCUCUAUCAGGGAACUUUACACAAACUAUUACGCUACCGCUUAUGAUGAGGAUUUUACAGUCGGUUCGGAAUUCAACUUGGAGAAGACUACUUUUGAGGAAACUAAAGCAACCUUUGCCAUCAAAGCCAUUAUGGACUAUACUUCUAUAGGAAAAGUCCCGAAGACGUGUCUGAUCGGUCAGUACCAGUGUGAUAAUGGCGACUGUAUUGAUGCCAUAUUUAGGUGCGACAGUCAACAGGAUUGCUUCGAUGGAUCGGAUGAAAAGAACUGUCCUGUGACAGAGUGCGGUGUAAAUGAGUUCAGAUGCAAUGAUAACAGACAGUGUAUUCCUGCGGCCUUCGUGUGUAACCUGCAGCGGGAUUGUCUGGAUGGCAGCGACGAGGAGAGAUGUGAUCCCCGAUGCUCGGCGCAGGAAUUCCAGUGCAGCAACGGUGCUUGCAUCAAUGGGGAUUAUAGAUGCGACGGGGUGCCCAACGAUUGUGAAGAUAACUCGGAUGAAACCAACUGUGGUGGUACAUCUGUGUCCUGUCCCGAGGGACUCCUCCGAUGUGAAGAUGGCACCUGUGUCCAGGGAAAGCGGUGUGAUGGAGUGAUCCACUGCCUGGACAGAUCGGACGAGAACAACUGUGGUGGUACCCCCGACACAUGUCCUGCCGGACAGAUACGCUGUAAAAAUGGAGACUGUGUGAUAGGGAAACUGUGUGACGGAUUGCCAGAGUGUUACGACAGCUCAGAUGAAGAUGAUUGUGUGGUGGUGACUGUUCCUCCCACCCUCCCACCACAAAUCUGCACAGCGGACCAGUUCCAAUGCAACGACAGCAUGUGUAUCCCAUCGGACCUGAAAUGUGACGGAACUCCUGACUGUGAUGACAGUUCGGACGAGUUUCUCUCUCUGUGUGGCACCAACACAUUUUGUCCGGAGGGGGAGUUCCGGUGUGAUGACGGCCAGUGUGUAGGGGGGGAUACCCUCUGUAACAUCGUCAGGGACUGUAGGGAUGGCUCAGAUGAGAGUGUCAAUAUCUGUGGAGAACGUGUUCGGCUUGAUAUUCAGCAGUCCCAGCAGAUUUAUAACGAGGGAGAGACAGCUGUGUUUGACUGUGUCGCAACAGGAAAUGUCGGGGUCACCAUUCGGUGGAAGACCAAGGAUGGGGCUCUACCUGCCAAAGCCGUACUUCAGGGUGGGCGACUAUCCAUUCCCAGCCUGACCAUGAACGAUGUGACGGCCUAUGUAUGUUACACAGACACAGUAGCAGGGGUGGGGGAAGCCUCCGUGGAUCUCCUAGUCAUACCAGCAUGUAAGGAUGACCAGCUGCGUUGCUAUGAUGGGUCAUGUGUAGACAAAGCUUAUCUGUGUGACGGUUUCCCUGAUUGCGUGGACGGGGCCGACGAGAGGAACUGCACCACCACUCGUGACUGCCCUCAGGGUCAGCAUACGUGUGACGACGGAACCUGUGCACCCCCGGGAUCUCAGUGUGACGGAAAGACCGACUGUGGAGACGGCAGCGAUGAGUUCCCCAGAUACUGUGGUUGUCGGAGUGGUGAGUUCAUGUGUGCUGAUGGAGAGCGCUGUAUACCCAGUGCAGCCGAGUGUGACGGCCGAAUCAACUGUCCCGACAGAUCCGAUGAGCAUGCCAAUUGCACUGUAUCCUGUCGCACUGAUGAGUUUACAUGCAGGAACGGACAAUGUAUCGACAGACGACGACUUUGUGACGGAUAUCCAGACUGCAGCGAUAGAUCAGACGAGGAGGACAGAUCAUGUCGAAAAUGUGACAGUGCUUCCCAGUUUACAUGUGUUUUUGAGCAUCAGUGUGUAAAUGCCUCGCUGGUUUGCGAUGGUUUUGACGACUGUGUUGAUAAGUCUGAUGAAAUGGACUGCUCUUGUUCACCCACCAGUCAAUUUACCUGUGCUAACGGCCAGUGUAUAGACAUCAGGAGGCGGUGUGACAGAGUUACCGAUUGCUUUGAUAAUUCUGAUGAAGUCGGUUGUACUGGUUGUCGUUCUGAUGAGUUUACCUGUUUCUCUGACAAAGCAUGUGUUCCACUGACAAGUCGCUGUAACAGACAGCGAGACUGUCAAGAUGGCAGUGAUGAAUUCGACUGUCCAUGUCUGGAUAGUGAGUUCACUUGUUACUCUGAUGGGAAAUGCGUGCCCCAGACAAGACGCUGUGAUGGACGACAAGACUGUCAGGAUGGCAGCGACGAAAAUGAUUGUCCACGAACCACUGUACCCCCAACAGAGCGACCCCUGAUCAUCACUGUUUCACCCCCCAGUCUGAGGCUGAGGGAGGGGCGCCAGGCACAGUUCAGAUGUCAACCAAGCCGACCGGUCCUUGUCCGCUGGACUCGUUACAGCAAUGGGUCCCUGCCUUUCCGUGCCUCUGUAGAGGGCAACCUUCUGACCAUUCCGGAGCUCCAGAUGGCGGACUCCGGCUCUUACAUGUGUUCCGUGGUCGGACAGGAGUCACGAUACUUUGCUAUUGCCACAUUAGAUGUUCAGUCAUUGACUCCCCCCACCCUCCCACCCACGGGAAUUUGUCGCCCAGGGGAGGCAGUGUGUAAAAAUCUACAGUGCAUAAAUGCUGACUACCGCUGCGACGGAGACAGAGACUGUGAAGACGGAUCCGAUGAAGACCCAAACAUCUGUAACUUUGACAAACUCUGUGAGCCCAAUCAGUUUAAGUGUUCCAACGGAAUGUGUGCUAUGAAAAUCUGGCGAUGUGAUGGCGACAAUGACUGUGGAGAUGACUCAGACGAACAAAAUUGUCCAAAUCGUAAGCCUGGUGACCCAUGUGAUUCCAAAGAAUACCAGUGUACGUCAGGGGACCAGUGUGUGCCUGCCUCCUAUCAGUGCGACGGAGAAAUCGACUGCCAGGACAGGUCCGACGAAAUUGGAUGUGCUGCUCCAUCCAUUAACAUUGCUCCGCCUCCAAACAUAGAAGUUGAAAUCGGAGGAUAUUUUACGAUCAUCUGUGAGGCUGUCGGCACCCCCACCCCCCUGAUUGUAUGGAGGCUGAACUGGGGAAACAUUCCCACCGGGGACAGGAUCCAUGUGUCCAGUAUUAAUGGCCGGGGUAACCUGACCAUCACUGAUGCUAGGGUAGAGGACUCUGGGGCUUACACGUGCGAGGCCAUCAAUGUCAGAGGAAGCAUAUUCGCCUCUCCCGAUGCUAUCAUCAUUGUUAGACGUACUCCCCAGGGCAUCUGUGAGCCUCCCAGAUUCAACGUGGAAGCUUCCAUUGACAGCGACUGUGUGGACUGUUUCUGUUUUGGACACACUACUCAGUGUUUCAGCUCAGAUCUGCAGAUUUCCAAAAUUGAUCUGGUGGGUGAAAUGAAAAUGGUGAACGUGAACACCUCCCUCUCGAUUGACGAGCGUUACGUGGAGUACCUGCCAUCCGGAGACUACGGCGGCUUCUAUCAGGUCGGAGACGGACUCAGAUUGGUUCCUCCGGGAAUCUACUAUUGGUCACUUCCUGGAGAGUUUUUAGGAGACAGGCUUACAAGUUAUGGAGGAAUCCUGCAAUAUGAUAUUUACUAUUCAUUGGGUCGGGAACUAUCCAGAAUAUUGGACCAGUCAGAUGUGAUUAUGAGGGGAAAUGGUAUUACACUUUACCAUAGAUCUUCCACCAUCGCUGUGGCAGAUGGAAGAACUCGAUUCGAAGUCCCUCUACUUCCUAAUGCGUGGACUAAGGGUGAUAUGCCGCGUCGUGGGGACACCCCUGUGUUUGAGUACGCCAGCAGGGAGGACCUAAUGAUGGUCCUGGAGAAUGUGGAUUAUAUCUAUGUCAGGUCCCACUAUGAUGCAAGCAUGGCCCUCACCAGGAUCGGCAAUGUAGAACUGAGCAGUGGUGCCAGGGAGUCGACAGGCCUAGGUAGAGCAGUGUAUGUGGAGAAGUGUGAAUGUCCCCCGGGAUACUCUGGCCUCUCCUGUCAGGACUGUGCUCCUGGAUACACAAGAGUACAGAGCGGGCGAUACCUGGGUAUCUGUACCAGAUGUAACUGUAACGGACAUUCAGCAGACUGUGACCCUCUGACCGGAGCAUGUAGGUUCUGUGAUCACAACACAGAGGGUAGCCAAUGUGAGCGUUGUGCUGUUGGAUUUUACGGAGAUGCCAGGGUGGGUACCCCUGAUGCCUGUCAGCGCUGUCCUUGUCCCCUGACCACCCCAACCAACAGUUUCAGCGACACCUGUAAAUUGGAUGUAGAUGGCAGACCAACUUGUACGGCUUGUAGAGCAGGCUAUACUGGCAGGAACUGUGAGAGAUGUGCUGUCGGAUACAUUGGUCAGCCCUCGGUGAUAGGCAACUACUGCCGCAAAGUGGGCUUACCUGACAUCUGUGAUUCUCGGGGUAGCUACAGCAGACAGCCUGACCCAGUGACUGGGUGUAGAUGUAAGCCUAAUGUUGUGGGGAAGAACUGUGACCAGUGUCAGGAGAACACAUUCUUCCUGGACGCUGACAACCCCUAUGGCUGCCUGCGCUGUUUCUGUAUGGGCGUGACCAAGCAGUGUACUAGUACCUCAUGGAACAAAGCCCAGAUUGGUGCUGUGUUUUCAAGAAACAGCAACGACUUUGUGCUGACGGACUUGCUUCAGAGAGAGACGAUAUCGGAGGGAUUGACCGUUAACAGCAAUGUGAGGGAGCUGGUGUAUCGUAACUUCAACAACCAGAGGGAGCAAGUGUACUACUGGUCACUGCCCAAACGCUUCCUCGGGGACAAGGUGAUUUCUUACGGAGGGUACCUGAAGUUUGUGCUGUCCUACAGACCGGGGCUGGAUGCCUCCCCCAGUGAACUGGACGGCCCCCUAGUGGAGCUCAUCGGAAAUGGAGUCACCCUAAUUCACAGGUCCACACUGGAAAACCGACCGAACACUCCAUCCUCCUAUAGAGUGCCAUUCACUGAGAAUGCUUGGACAGCCUUGGAUGGGUCGGCAACAACCAGAGAGUUCUUGUUGAUGGCUCUGGCAGAUCUGGACGCCAUCUUAAUUCGAGCAACAUUCACCAGAGACACAGAUGAAGCAAGCAUUAGAGAUGUUGUCAUGGAUAUCGCUGAAGACCGGGUCACAGGUCAAGGUCGGGCUUCCACAGUGGAACAGUGCCAGUGUCCUAGGGGUUACAAAGGACUGUCUUGUGAGGACUGUGAUGUGGGCUACACUCGCAGUGGAGGUGGCGCUUAUCUCGGGACGUGCGAGCCCUGUCAAUGUAACGGCCACUCAGGGGAGUGUGACCCAGAUACCGGACGCUGCAGGAAUUGUCAACACAACACGGAUGGAGAAAGCUGUGAAAGAUGUGCCACUGGUUUCUAUGGUGAUGCCACAAGAGGGACACCCAAUGAUUGCCAGCCAUGUCCUUGCCCUCUGACGCAAGCUCCCAACCAGUUCAGUCCUACAUGUGAGUUGGGUAGAGGUGGACAAGUCAGAUGUACUGCCUGCCCUGCAGGUCACACAGGUUCCAGAUGUGAGAGUUGUAUUCAGGGAUACACUGGAAAUCCAAUGCAACCUGGAGAUUACUGUAAAAUAUCAACUGGCCCAGAUUGUCAGUGUGACAGCCGUGGAACUGUCCCCAACACCCAGUGUGAUGUAGCCAGCAGACAGUGCCAGUGUAAAGCAAAUGUUCGAGGUCAACAGUGUCGUUUCUGUAAAGAUGGCUACUUUCACUUGAGUGAAGAGAACGCCCAGGGAUGCUUGUCUUGUUGGUGCUCGGGUGUAGGGACUCAGUGUAGCUCCUCCGCCUUCUAUAAAGACAGGAUUUAUCCAAAUUUCUCGGGAUCGGACACACACAACUUUGUGCUGACCAAUCGUCGCCUAAGUAACUCCAUCACUGAUGGAUUUGUCAUCAACACGGACAGAAACGAGAUCCUGUUCAAUCAAUUCACAGGAAUUCAGCGGGAACGCGAGAGCCUCUUCUUCAGUCUUCCACCCAAAUUCAGAGGAAAUAAGGUGACUUCCUAUGGAGGAUACCUGAGUUUUACACUGGAGACUGUUGUGGCCCUGGAUGGAGGUCAAACGUUCCGAGAUGUGGACAUCGAAAUCAUUACCCCUGGCCAGCGACAGAGGAUGUAUUAUCUGUUUGACCCACCCUCCCAGCCUUAUCAACCUGAAUCUUACAAAAUUCAUCUGGUGGAGAGCACCUUCAGAAUGUUGGAUGGUACCUCCCCGUCACGGGAGACCUUCAUGUCCAUCCUGUCCAACAUUGAGGCCAUUCUGAUCCGGGCCACCUACCACACCCUGAUGGGCAGCGCCUCACUGAGGGACCUGUACAUGGAGACCUCCACCUCCAACCCAACAAACUUUGGCCGCAUGCCCCAGAUCGAGAGCUGCCAGUGCCCUGAGGGUCACACCGGGUCCUCGUGUGAACAGUGUGCCCCUGGGUACCUCCUCCAGGAAGAUGGAGUGGGUAGACGAUGUGUUAGGUGUAGCUGUAACAACCAUGCCGACUCCUGUGACACCCGUACCGGCCAGUGUCUGAACUGCCAACAUAACACCGAAGGUGACCGAUGUGAAAGAUGUGCCGACGGUUUCUAUGGCGACGCCACCUCAGGAACAGCCUCUGACUGUAGACCCUGUCCUUGCCCCUUGACCAUCCCAUCUAACCAAUUCUCUCGCACCUGUAGACUGGACACUGAUGGUAUACCCACCUGUGACAGAUGUCCUGUGGGGUACCUAGGCAGGGACUGUGGAACAUGUGACACAGCCAGAGGUUACACUGGAAAUCCCAGAGAAAUUGGUGGAUCUUGCACACAAGGAGCCUCAUUGGAACCUGUGGUAGAGGUUGGCCCAAUAAGGGUAGAAGAGCCCGUGGGGCACACUGUGAUAUUUACCUGCGAGGUCAGUGGGCCCGGGCCGUUCAAUGUCGUCUGGACUCGAGCCAAUCGCCAGCCUCUUCCAUCUCGAGCCAACACGAACUCUCGCUACACCCUGACUAUCAGAGAUCUAGUGCAGACGGACUCCGGACAGUACAUAUGUACCGCCACCAAUAUACACGGGAGUACCAGAGGAAUCGUGACUCUGCAGGUUACAGGUCGAGAGCAGCCUAUUCGUGUUAGAAUCGAUGAGCCAACAUCAGUCACCAAAAGCCAGGGCCAGUCCGUACGAUUUGUCUGCACUGCCUCAGGAUCAAACACUAUGACCUACAUCCUGGCCUGGUCCAAACAAAGUGGCACCCUUCCAUCUAAGGCAACCGAGAGGAAUGGAGUACUGGUAAUCCCCAACCUUCAGCCAGAGGAUGCUGGGACCUACAUGUGUACUGGGUCCGACAUCAUGUCCACUGAUACCGCAGUGGCUGUACUAACAGUCAGUGCCACAGAAACUGCUCCAGAAAUCCGAAUUGAGCCCCGCUACCAGACCGUCAAGGAGGGGCAGGAAGUUGUGUUUACUUGUCUGGCGGUCUCUGGCCGUCCAACCCCCACCCUGGAGUGGAGAAGGAAGGAGGGGGGUAGAUACCCAAUGAAUUCAGCAGCCACUUUGAACAAUGGUGUGUUCAGGAUUCCCAUCGCCGUACAGUCGGAUGAAGGAGAAUAUUACUGUAAAGGAACUAACGUGGCAGGAAUGUCCGAGAUACGCACCAUCUUGUUUGUUCAAAGAGAUGAGACAAGACCUGAUUUGACAGUGCUGGUAAGACAGGGCAUUGUUACUGUGGUGGCUGGUGGCACUGCUGAGUUAGUUUGUUACGUUGAUGGGUCAAGGCCACAGUUAGUGUGGUCCCGAUCUGGUGGUCUCCCCGCAGGCUCCACCCAGACAAACGGCGUCCUGACCAUUCCCAACAUCCAGCUCUCUGGCGGCGGUCGAUACAUCUGUACAGCCAUUGCUCCGACGGGAGAACGCGGCACGGUUACCACCACUAUCACUGUCAACCCAGAGGUCAUUGCUGUGAGGCCAACUGCUAUCAUUGAUGCGCCGGACCAGAAACUGACCAUCGACCAAGGAACCACGGCAACCAUUCGUUGUGAGGUGACGGGAACACCACAGCCCACCAUUACUUGGAGCAAGAGCCGAGGAGACCUCACUGACAGACACAGAGUGACUGGAGGAACACUGAGAAUCGUGGGAGCUCAAGUGGAGGAUCGUGGAAUUUACCUCUGUCUGGCCGAGAAUUCAGCAGGCCAGGAUCAGGCUUGGGUCAUCGUAGAAGUUCUGCCAAGAGCAAAGCCAACAAUAACGCUGUACCCAGAGGAGACUGCUACAGCCUCCAUAGGAGGGAGCGCCAUGUUUGUGUGUAGAGCCUCAGGGGAGCCUCAGCCCACAGUCACCUGGACAAGGGCUGGGGGAGAGUCGUUUGAGAGAGCCACCACAGAGAUCAAACCAAACGGUGUGUUGAUGUUCACCAGGGUGACAGGAGAGGAACAAGGCAGCUACAUCUGUACUGCCACCAACUCAAUGGGCUCCAUUAGCGCCUCAGCCACCCUCCUCAUCGCAGGGCCACCAAGGGUAAUCAUUCAGCCCAGCAGAACCGUGUACGCAGUAGUUGGACAGAGAAUCACCUUGGAAUGUAUCGGUCAGGGCAGCCCCACCCCCAGUGUUUACUGGCGAUAUGACUCCGCCCCCAACAGGGGAGACCUGCCAAUCAACUUACCGCAAGGAGCAGGCUCUGCUACUCUGACCAUUGAAUCCGUGGCAAAUACUGACUCGGGCAACUACGUAUGUGUUGCCACCAAUAACGUUGGUACUACGGAGAACACUGCACAGAUUAUCGUUAAUGAUGAAAAUCCCAAUGUGCCCGGUGUGACCAUUGAGGGCCCCCAGACAAUGUCAGUAACAGAGGGUCAGUCAGUCACACUCAGGUGUGACACCACAGGGUUAACCAAUGCGUUGAUUCAGUGGCGGCGUAAGGAGGGACCACUGCCCCCUAACCACAGAAUCCAGGGAGGUACUCUUUACAUUCCACGAUUCCAGAGGGAGUACGCCGGAGAGUACAUCUGUACAGCUACCACACCAGCCAGGAACUAUGAGACAUCUGUCUUCAUCAUUGUAACAGUGACCCCCAUCUUGAGUAUCUCACCCGCCCAGGUAGAGGCCAGGGCUGGACAGACCGUGAGGCUUAGAUGUCAGCCUGAGGGCCAGGGACCUUUUAACAUUGAGUGGGUUAAAAUGGACGGAAUUUUGUCCCCCUCAGCAACUCAAUCUCUGGACGGCGUUUUGGAGAUCCGACAGGUCACUGCGGCGGAUGCUGGGCGGUAUAGAUGUGUCGCCACCAACUCUGCAGGAUCUUCAGAUGGCUUUGCUGUUGUUAUUGUACAGGUGCCUCCCACUAUAGUGGUCUCCAACAGAGACCAGUCAGCCCGUGAAGGUGAGACGGUGUCCAUGCGGUGUCAGGUCACAGGUACACCACAGCCCCAGGUCACAUGGGAGAGGCUGGGCGGGGCAUUACCCUCUAACUCCGACAUCAGGAACAAUGUUCUCACGAUCAACAAUGUGAGACAAGAGGACACUGGCCGCUAUAUAUGUAGGGCUAGGAGCUCAGCAGGGUCAGCCCAGGGCGACAUCAUCCUCACCGUCAUCUCAGGUGGAGGUGAUGGAGGCGUUAUCCAGUAUGACACACAGACGGUUAAUGCCGGUGAAAAAGUGGAAAUGGAGUGCGUCUCAACAGGAUUUCCGCUGCCAACUGUCACAUGGUCUCGGGAGGAUGCUCCUCUUCCUCAGAGAGCCAUUGUUAACGAGGCGUUCCUGAUUAUUCAGUCCAUCCGUCCAGAAGAUGCAGGAACUUAUGUCUGCACGGUAGAAAACACUGGCGGACGAGUUACAAGAAAAGUCACACUGUUUGUUAGAGCAAAGCCGGUUAUCACGGGUGGCACUGAGUCGCUGACCGCCGCCCUGGGGUCCAGUGCGUCUAUGUCAUGUCAGGCCGCAGGAUACCCUCAACCCGAGAUCAGCUGGUACAAACGCGACGGAUCCAUGCCAAGAGAUUACAUGGUAGAUAACGGAAUGCUGGAGAUACCCAGGCUCUACCCAGGAGACCAGGGCACUUAUGUCUGUCAGGCCCAGAAUGAUAUCGGUCAAAAUGAAAAAGAUUAUAACCUUUCUGUUGGGGAUUUGGUUCCUUACUUUGACCAAGAGCCAGUCUCCUACAUCAGCUAUCCUCCAAUAGAGGAUCAUCACAUCAACUUCGAGAUUCUCCUCUCCCUCAAACCAGAAACCACGGACGGCUUGGUACUAUACAACGGUCAGUAUGACAGUGCCAGGGGAGACUAUGUAUGCUUUGGAAUGAGAGGAGGAUACCCAGAGUUUGGAUUCGAUGUCGGUUCUGGUCCAGCGCUCAUCCAGGGCAAUAAAACCCUAUCUCUGAACCAGUGGAACUCUAUCAAACUGAAGAGAGAAAAUUCAGUUGGAACGCUGGAGGUGAAUGAUGAACCAAUAUACACGGGCUCCUCUUUGGGACAGUUCAGUGGUCUGGAUUUGGGUCAAAACAUGUACUUGGGUAAUGUUCCAGAUGCCAACAAUGUUCCUGAGCCAGCAAGAUUCUCAUCUGGAUAUGUUGGUGUUAUAAGUCAGGUGAUAAUAAAUGGGAAAGAUUUGAACCUGGGGGCGGAUGCUCUGGAACUGAAGGGUAUUGAACCAUACAAUGCUUGUAAGGACCGACCAUGUCUAAACAGGGGCAGGUGCCUUCCUGCCAACUCUAAGUAUGGAUACAAGUGUGACUGUCCCACUGGGUUCACUGGAAGUCGCUGUGAGACCACAGGGAGGGGCUGUUAUCCAGGCAUUUGUGGACCGGGUGGCAGAUGUCGAGAUUUAGCAGGAGGUCACCAGUGUAUCUGUCCAAUGGGAAGAAUCGGCUCUGGGUGUCGUCAGCAAGUACAAGUGAUCUACCCACAAUUCAAUGGCUCAUCAUUCUCAUCCUACGAUCCAAUCAGAAACGCUCGUUUCCAGCUGAAAAUUGAAAUAGAGAUCAAGCCGCAGUCAUUGGAUGACGGAAUUGUGCUGUACAGCGGACAGAACGAAGAUGGAUCCGGAGACUACGUGGUUGUCCUGAUGAAGGAUGGAUAUCUGGAGUUCCGCUACAACACUGGAUCAGGUGAAGCUGUGCUGAAGAGUAAGAAGAAGCUGGUGUCCAAUGAGUGGGUCCGAAUCACCGCCACCAAAUCAGGACAGGAAGGAAGCCUCAUUAUUAACAAUGAGGAACCAGUCAAAGUUUGGCCCUGGAGCUACUACAACAAUUUACGCAACAACUACUACAACUAUUAUUUGCGUAGACGAUAUCGAUACAAGCGAGGAACUUCUCCAGGCACGUACAUUGGAUUGGACUUGCGAAGCAGGCUAUACUUGGGAGGAAUGGAUCCAGACAGAAGGCUUCCGGAUGAUGUGGAUGUACAGAGUGGAUUCCACGGAUGUAUUGCGGAGUUGAAAAUAAACAUGCUGUCUAUGGAUUUGACCAGAGAUGCCAGAGAGACCCUGGAGGUGCGCGACUGUGGAGAGACAAACAUUUGUAACAGACACAUCUGUAAGAACGGAGGCACAUGUUUGGAGGGCACUGCGUUGGGGUACAGGUGUAGCUGUCCAGCCAGCUACACAGGCGAGAAAUGUGAGGUCGAGAUCAACCUGUGUCUGACUCAGCAGCCAUGUCGCAACAAUGGAGUGUGCAGCGUCACCAGCACCGGCUACAGAUGCGACUGCCCCUUAGGAUUCAUGGGAAAAAAUUGUGAAGCAGUUAUCCAACUGGGAGAAAACAUCGAAGUGAACCGUGAUGGCUUUGUUGAGUUCAACAAGUCUCUCCUGUCGGCCACUCCCCAGCAGGAAGAAGUCAUUAAAUUCACACUCAAGACGACGGAAAAGGACGGCCUGGUGCUGUGGAAGGGGCAGCCCACCCCUCUCCAGCGAUCCAGCAGCAUCGACUAUCUAUCCAUUGGAUUACAGGACGGAUAUGUCGUAUACAGCUUUGAGCUUGGAAGUGGACCUGCCAGAAUAAGAUCGCCAAUCAGAAUUAAUGAUGGGUAUGCACAUAUCAUCCAAGUGACGAGGCUAGGUCGCCAAGGAAGCUUGACAAUAGACAACAAUCUCUCUUAUUCAACAUCUGGCCAGUCCCAAGGGCCAUUACAGAGCCUGAAUACCGCAGGAAACGUGUACCUAGGUGGCGUGUCGCUGGUUUCCACAAUCACUAAGCAACAGUACACCGAGAACUACAGUGGAUGUAUAUCAGACAUAUACCUACAGGAUAAGGGACCACUGCGUCUCCCCGAGGACGCCGUAGGGGGAUUCAAUGUCCGCCCUUGCCUAAACAAGAAGUAAACCGCCCACACUAAAUGAACAAAGUCGUAUAUAAAAUGUGUGUGUAUCUAAAAAAUGAUUGACCUUAGUUGUGUACAAUGCCAAGUCGCAUACUGUACAGGAAAUCACAACCAUUUCAAGUUCUAUGCAUGCAGUUAAUUAAGAUGAGAGAAUUUUGUUUUGAUCGGUACAGUUUUCACAUGUACGCGAGUUGCAUUCUCUGUUUAUUUAGUUGUACAAUUCUUUACGAUGUGAAACCACUAUCUAUAUAAGUUUUUUAUGUUGAAAGAUUUUUAGCACUUUAAAAGUGUAGCUGUGACACAACUGAUAUAUGUACAUGUAUAUGUAUGUCUGUAGAUGGCUCCACAUAGGUAUUUAUGUUAAUUUGAACUUCGAUAUUUUUGUACCCGGUUCUAGAGUUUUGAUUUUAAUUAUCCAUGUAUACUAUAUUUUAACAUUAUAUUAAAGGUGCUUUUUAUAUGCUCGACUUUUAAUGCCCUAGACGAUAUUUUUUUUUUCAUGCCAGUGUAAUCAAAUUGAGUGUUUAUGAUAUGAUAUUAUGUGUGAGAGACUAAAUCAAAUCAGUGACUGCUGAAAAGAUUUAAUGUUCACUGUAAGCACAGGCUCAUGACGUUAAAACUUUUUUUGUUAUAGAAAGAAAAUUUUCCAUUCUAUUCUAUAAUAGUACAGGAAGUUAUCUUAAUAUAUAAAGAAAUAAUUUUAACGCCAGGUGUCGAUGACUGUAACUUACAAAUUGUGUAGUAUCCAAGCACAUUCAUAGAUCUUUGUAUAAGUCCUGCUAGCUCUGUCAUAUGUUUGUACACUGUUAUGAUUUUUUUUUUUUUUCAUGUUUGUAACUCUCAACUAUUUUUUUCAAUACUCUAAGAUAGGGAGACUGUGUUUACGGAGCAAUGAACUGAUUCAGAUCCGGUACAGAGGGUAAAUGAUUCAAACUGACGUGUUUUGAGGUUGUUUAUAAUUAUUUUUUUUUUGUAUGAGAGAUGUCUUGCUCCAGCAUUUAUUAUUAUUAUUCAGGUGAUACCAAAGAGGUCCCAUUUAUUGAUCAAAUUGAUUGAAUACUCACUUAUUUAACAGCUGGUGCUAUAUGAAAAUCAACAUUUAAUAAUCAGAAUUUCUCCUUACUACUACUAUUAAAGCAGGUCUACCUAAAAAAGUUGGAGUUUAUAAAUUUUUUUUCUCUUGGUUGAUAAAAUUUUAGCAUUUUUCAUUAUUUUUUCUUUUAUGAAUGAUUUUAGAUGCUGUUUUCUUUAUAUUUUUUUUUCUUCAUGUCUUUACACCCAUGUGUUAAAUACUUUGUUUUGAUAGUCCAUUUAUUUUUUACUCUCCUUUUAUUGUAAAGAAGCAUUAUGUUUCAAAUUAAUUAAUUUUGAUAUUUUACAUCAUUCUCAGUAUUAGCAACAUUAAAAUAGCUGUACUGUGCUUCUGGGUUAAAAUUUAUUACUUGGAUAUGAAAUUGUUAGAUCUGUCAUGCUUCAAAAUUUUAUAAUAAAGUACUAUAAAGCUUA